AUUUUGUUUCAAUUGUGAUAAAUAACUAGAUCCAAAAAUAAUUAAUAAUUUGGUCUUUUUAGAAAAUGAUCUAUUUGUUCAUUCGACUAUAAACGCAAUUUUAGUCAAUUCAUUAAAGAGUGCUUGAUAUUUUCACGUAUAUUGACGUAGAAAUAAGCUAGUCUACUCAACCAUGAACCAAACCAAUACCAACCAUCGUAAAAUAUAACCGAGUUAAUUCAUUAUGAAAAGUGUAUUCGUGUGAAGAGUAUAUAUUUUGAUUGAAGUCAUGUUAAAGGAUAAAGGACAAGUCACUUUUGAGGAUAAAUGGCCUGCUAUGCGCCCUAUAGUUUUGAAGCUUCUGAAGCAAGAACCGGUAACGCAAACAGAAUGGCAAGAUCUCUUUGGAGCUGUUCACUCUGUCUGCCUUUGGGACGAAAGAGGACCAUACAAAUUAAGAGAUGCUUUACAGCAGGAUAUAAUGAUGUAUAUUAAGCAGGCCCAAAAUCGUGUACUAGCUCAGCGGGAGGACCAAGCUCUGCUAAAAGCUUAUAUCGCAGAAUGGGGCAAGUUUUUUACACAGUGCAACUAUUUACCAACUCCCUUUCGACAGUUAGAAAAUUCUAUCAAUAGUGUAAGCAAAGUGGCAACUUCCAAUACAUCCAGUGCACAGAAAAAGAAUAACAACAAUAACAUAGAAGAUAGUUUAGUAAGGAAACUUAUGUUAGAUUCUUGGAAUCAAAGUAUUUUUGUGGAUAUCAAGCAGAGGUUACAAGAUUCUGCUAUGAAGCUGGUACAAGCUGAACGUAAUGGUGAAUCAUUUGAUUCACAACUAGUAAUUGGUGUAAGGGAAUCUUAUGUUAAUUUGUGCUCGAACUCUGUGGAUAAGCUUCAGAUAUACAGAGAAAAUUUUGAAGCUGCUUAUAUGCAGGCAACAGAAGAGUUUUACAAACUUAAAGCUAGUGAACAGUUGUUGGCAAAUGGAGUCCAGUCAUAUAUGAAGUAUGCUGAUCAGCGUCUAAAGGAAGAAGAAGCUCGAGCUCAUAGGUACCUAGAGCCCGGCAGUGGGAGUGUGGCAGCACUAACUCAGUGUUGUGAGAAAGUACUCAUUGGAGAACAUCUACCUACUUUACUUGCAGAGAGUGCACCUCUCAUCAAGGCUGGAGAAACUGAAAAGUUACAACUUAUGUUCCGUCUGCUUGAUAGGGUGCCAGAAGGAGUUACACCCAUACUUAGAGAUUUAGAGGCACAUAUAGUUUCUGCUGGGCUGGCAGACAUGGUAGCUUCUGCUGAUAUAAUUACUUCUGAUUCAGAAAAGUAUGUAGAACGUUUAUUAGACUUGUUCAAGCGGUUUAGUUCUUUAGCUAAAGAUGCCUUUAUGGAUGACCCUCGAUUUUUGACAGCCAGAGAUAAAGCUUACAAAUGUGUGGUCAAUGACACAACUGUGUUCAAGUUGGAAUUGCCAUCUUCAGCUCUACUAAGAGGAACCAAAGGCACUGCUCCCGAAAGUAAAUGUCCUGAGCUCCUUGCUAAUUACUGUGAUAUGUUACUACGAAAGACACCUCUCAGUAAGCGUUUGACAAGUGAGCAAAUAGAAUCAAGAUUAAAAGAUGUUUUGUUAGUUCUAAAAUAUAUAGAAAACAAAGAUGUUUUUAUGAGAUAUCACAAGGCUCAUUUAACCAGAAGAUUAAUAUUAGACUCUAGUGCAGACUCUGAAAAAGAAGAAGAUAUGGUGGAGUGGCUCAGAGAGGUGGGUAUGCCUGCUGAUUAUGUUAACAAACUGGCAAGAAUGUUUCAGGAUAUUAAAGUCAGUGAAGACCUUAACACUCAAUUUAGAACUGAUACUACCCGCCAUGAUGCUAUAAAUAUAAAAAUACUCAAUGCUGGUGCUUGGGCCCGUGGAUCUGAAAGAGUAACUGUAAGCCUUCCAUUAGAAUUAGAAGACUACAUACCUGAAGUUGAAGACUUUUAUAAGAAGAAACAUUCUGGGAGAAAGCUGCAGUGGUACCAUCAUAUGAGCAAUGGUACUAUAACAUUUGCGAAUUCCGUUGGUAGAUUCGAUUUGGAUGUCACUACAUUUCAAAUGGCGGUCUUGUUUGCAUGGAAUCAAAGACCUAUGGAAAAGAUAAGUUACGAAAAUUUGAGACUGGCCACUGAACUUCCUGAUCCAGAAUUAAGGAGGACUCUAUGGUCUCUUGUUGCUUUUCCCAAACUCAAAAGGCAGUUACUAUGCUAUGCUCCAGCAGUGCAAAAUCCUAAAGAUUUUGCAGAAAAUACAACAUUCUGGGUUAAUCAAGAAUUUGCACUUGUUAAGAAUGGAAAACCUCAGCGAAGAGGUAAAAUUAAUUUGAUUGGUAGACUUCAACUGAGCACUGAGCGAUCUCAAAUAGAAGAUAAUCAUUCCAUUGUUCAACUUCGGAUAUUAAGGACUCAAGAGGCCAUUAUAAAGAUUCUUAAAAUGAGAAAGCGGAUCACAAAUACUGCUCUACAGAGUGAACUGGUCGAAAUUUUGAAGAACAUGUUCUUGCCAUCAAAGAAGAUGAUAAAGGAGCAGCUAGAGUGGCUAAUUGAACAUAAAUACAUGCGCCGGGACGACGAAGAUAUCAACACUUUUAUAUAUAUGGCCUAAAAUCUAUUAUUGCAAGCGUAAAUGAACAAAAUCAAAUAAAUUGUUUACCCAGGAAA